AAGUACCAUUACUUCUCUUCACCUCUGUAUAAGCCAAUACCAUUACUUCUCUUCACCCAAGUUUCAGAGCAAGAGAGAAAAAUGGGUUCCUAUGGUUUAAUGGCAGAGACCAAGCCACAUGCUGUAUGCAUCCCUUACCCAGCUCAGGGUCACAUAAACCCUAUGCUCAAGUUAGCCAAGCUCCUCCACCACAAGGGCUUCCACAUCACCUUCGUCAACACCGAGUACAACCACAGGCGCCUCCUCAACUCCCGAGGCCCCAACGCCCUCGACGGCCUCCCUUCUUUUCAGUUCAAGACCAUCCCCGAUGGGCUCCCUCCUACCGACACAAAUGCCACGCAGGACAUACCGGCACUGUGCCAGUCCACCAGGAAGUACUGCCUCCCGCACUUUAGGGAGCUUCUUGGGAAGCUGAACUCUGAGGUGGACUCGCCGCCGGUGAGCUGCGUGGUUUCUGAUGGCGUCAUGAGCUUUACUCUUGAUGCGGCCGAGGAACUUGGGGUGCCGGAAGUGCUUUUCUGGACUACUAGUGCUUGCGGGUUCAUGGGCUACGUUCAGUAUAAGCAUUUUGUUGAGAAGGGGUACACUCCUCUUAAAGAUGCUAGUUACUUAACAAACGGGUACUUGGACACCGUGAUAAACUGGAUACCAGGCAUGAAAGAUAUCCGUUUAAAAGAUAUCCCAACCUUCAUCAGAACCACAGACCCAAAAGACAACAUGGUCGAUUUCGUUCUCCACGAAACAGAACGAGCAGCUAAGAAAGCCUCCGCUAUCAUCUUAAACACAUUCGACGACAUAGAACACGACGUCCUCGAAGCACUCUCAACUCUCCUACCGCCAGUCUACUCCAUCGGACCCCUAAACCUACAAGUCAACCAAAUCCCAUCCGACAGUGAGUUGCAAACCUUUGGGUCGAAUCUCUGGAAGGAAGAAACAGAGUGUCUGGAAUGGCUGGACUCCAAAGAGCCCAACUCUGUAGUCUACGUCAACUUCGGAAGCAUCACAGUGAUGACCGAAACUCAGCUGAUCGAGUUUGCUUGGGGGCUCGCAAACAGCAAGAAGAUGUUUCUCUGGGUGAUCAGGCCUGACCUAGUUGGGGGAGCAUCGGCUGUGGUGCCGGAAGAGUUUGUACAGGAGACGAGAGAAAGAAGUAUGUUAGCCAGUUGGUGCCCUCAGGAACAAGUCCUGAGCCACCCGGCCAUCGGAGGGUUCUUGACUCACAGCGGGUGGAACUCGACGGUCGAGACUAUCUGCGGCGGAGUGCCGGUGAUCUGCUGGCCUUUCUUCGCCGAGCAACAGACGAACUGCAGGUACUGCUCCAAAGAGUGGGGAAUAGGAAUUGAGAUUGAGGGAGAUCCCAAGAGAGAUUACAUAGAAGGGCUUGUGAGGAAGUUGAUGGAGAAAGAAGAAGGGAAAGAGAUGAAGAAGAAAGCUCUGGAAUGGAAGAGGUUGGCAAUGGAGGCCGCCAGUGGUCCUAAGGGUUCGUCUUUUGUGAACUUGGACAAAAUGGUCAACCAGGUGCUUCUAGCUCCCAGAAAAUAAUUCCUGAGGGAAAAAAAAAAAAAAAACUUUGUAGUCAAUCGCUUUAGUUGCGCCCCCAUCUAUCCAAAAAAAAAAAUCGCUUUAGUUGCAUUUGGACUGUAUCAGCUGGAAUCAUAUUUAUUAAUGUCAAUGUAUUUAUUUCAAAGUUUGAUUUGAACAGAGAUA